AUGAGCCAGUACGAGGCUGGAAGGGCUCCUGUCGGCUGCUACCGUAUCCAGGGGCCAGGGGGUCCUUCUCUAGCCCCUGUUGCCGCGGGAGGGGUCUCCCUCUUGCGUAGCCCCCCCUGUGGUUCGCUGGGGAGGGGGGGCUGGCGACUUUCUGCUUCCAUCCGUCAACGUUCCGGGAAACAGCCCAUCGACAUCCUCGGAAAGACUCAGUCAGUCGAACUCACUCAAGCCGAAAAAAACCAAACACUUGCCCUCAUGAAACCACUGGAAGAAGCCGCGCCCGCCCCAGCCGACACCGAGAGCGUGGCCAAGACCGGGGUCGACAACGGAGCCGAGAGCGAGGAGAUCAGGACUCCGACUGGGCAUGCCGACGGGGUAGACGGCGAGGGGAAGAACGAGACAGGCAGCGCUCCGAGGAGCCACCGCUCCAAGAAACUGCCCGAUCGCUCUCCUGGAAAGGACUCAGAUAUCCGAAGUCAUAGUAGUCGGAGCCAUAGGAAACACCGCUCUCGCUCUCGUGAGACCACUGAAAGAAGCCAUACUGAUCGUAGCAGACACCGAGAGCGUGAUAGGCGUGACAGAGACCGCGAGCGAGACAGGAACCGAGACCGGCACCGAGAGCGGGGAGAUAGGGAUUCGCGAGGAGAUAGGGAUUCACGAGGAGAUAGGGAUUCGCGAGGAGAUAGGGACUCUGAACGGGACCGCGAGCGGGAUAGGGAGCGAGAGAAAGAUCGAGCGCGGGAGCGGGACCCGAAACGCAGUCAUCGGUCCCGCGACCUCGACGAGGACAGGGACCGCCAUCGCAAGAGGCAGCGUAGCAGGAGUAGGGAGCGAUCUAAAGAGCCACGCUCGCGGGAUGUGGAUGACAGAGAAUCUGAGCGACAGAGGAGAUUUGAAGAGGCUGAGGGCGAAGACAGACGUCGCCGCCCAGAUCGCCGAAGUCCUCGCUAUCGGCCCUAUGAGCCCACUGGCUCACCCCCACGGAGGUCCUCGAGUCCUCAUCUAACAGAGGAAGAACAUGAGAUGCGUUCUGUUUUUGUCUCUCAACUUUCUGCUCGUGUGGGCGAUCGCGAACUCUUUCAAUUCUUCGAGCAACAGGCCGGGAAAGUUCGCGAUGCCAGAUUGAUCACUGAUCGUAUCUCCCGUCGAUCCAAAGGAGUCGGAUACGUAGAAUUUCGUGAAUUGGAAAGUGUUCAGAAAGCACUGGCACUAACUGGAACUAAAUUGCUUGGUCUGCCAGUCAUGGUCCAAUAUACCGAAGCAGAAAAAAACCGUCAAGCCAUGGCCAAUACUCAGCCCAAUGUGCCGCCUGGAUUUGUGGCCACGGCUCCAGCCCCACCUGUUCUCCGGCCCUUCGUUGCCCCCAAAGCCAGGGGACCGGGUCCGAACGAUCCCAACAGCUACGCCAGACUUUAUGUGGGCUCACUGAAUUUCAAUCUUACAGAUGACGAUAUUCGACAGGUCUUCCAACCCUUUGGUGAUAUCGAAUACGUCGACCUUCACAGAGAUCAGAUCACUGGCAAGAGUAAAGGAUAUGCCUUUGUUCAGUUCAAAAACAUGCAUGAUGCAAAAAAUGCAACCGAAAAAAUGAAUGGGUUCCAGUUGGCUGGUCGUGCCUUGCGAGUUGAGAUCAAAGCUCAGCCCCCAGCUGCCCUGCUGAAUGCCACCGCACCCGGUGUAGCCAAUCCAGCCAUGGUUACCCCUGCGGUAGGCAACUUUGCCGCCCCUGCACCUAGCAAUUUCGAAGAGCGCUUGGAAGACCCAAUUGGUGGUAACUUGAAUCAAAUCUCCCGCGUCGAGUUGAUGCACAAGCUCGCGAGGACAGAACAGCCGACCAAUGUCCCAGUCACCGACAUGUUCCGCCCGAAUAUUCCCACGGCUACGUCGCGCUCAGUGCUCUUGAAAAACAUGUUCAAUCCGGAGGAAGAGACCGAGCAAGGAUGGGACAUCGAGCUCCGCGACGAUGUCAAGGGUGAAUGCGAGGAGAAAUACGGGCCAGUCUUGGCCAUCGCGAUCGAGAAAGAAUCCACCGCUGGCGAUAUCUAUAUCACCUUCGAUUCCGUGCCUUCCGCCCAAAAGGCAAUCACUGGGCUCAAUAAUCGCUGGUUCGGCGGCCGCCAAAUCACCGCCGCUUUUAUAUCUGAUGCACUCGUCGCUGCUCAUGGAGGAAAGUAA